AUGAAAGCCAAGGAAGUGACCGGGGAUCCCUCGGCUGCCUCCACCUCUUCCACCCAGGAUGGGUCAGUCCUGCUGGUACCGCCUCACCCGUCGGAUCGGGAUCCUUUCGCUGGAAGGGAGAGGGUCGAGGCCAUCGACCUGACCCUCGACGGCCUUCUGUACGCCCGGAGCAGCGAAGACGAGGAGGACGAGGAAGAGGAGGAGGAAGACCAGGACGAGGAAGAAAACGCCCGUCUGAAGGAACGAGACCAGCUCUCUGGCUCCUCCUUGGUCCAGGAAAGUCCCGGCUUGCCGUCGGGCAAAGACGCCCUGGACCGGGUCCUGGAUACCUUCCUGACCUCAGCUUCUGGCAACUCGGACAGCCCUUCGGCGGCGUGGUCAUCUUUCUUCGGCUCGGAGAUCCCCGAAUUGGCCUCAGGGCUCCCCGCCCGCCGCUCCCUCGACGGCAAAGAAGAGGGCGCGCCCCCGGACGCCGCUUCCCUGCUGCCGCCUCCGCCUCUUUCUCCCCGGGCCACCGCCUCUCCUUCCCUUUGGAAGGCGGUUAAAGAUGCGGAGGGAGCUCCUUUUAAGAGCCCGAGGGGCAGGGCCCCGGCCCCCGCAGCCUCGACGGCGCUGCCUAAAGGAGGACAGCAGCAGGAGGGGGAAGAAGAAGAAGGAAAGCUGGUUCCCGUGGCUGGCCGCGCCGUAGAGCCUCCCGCCUCUUCCCCUUCUUGCAAGCUCCUGGCGGGGCGCUCCCCCCUGGCCGCCCCCUCCGCCUGCCCUGAGUUUCUCAACGUGCCCAUCCUGCCUCUCAACCCGGCUUACUUGGUCGCCCGGACGCGGCAGCUGCUGGACGUGGACGAGUGCCAGGAGUGGAGCCCUUUCUGCGGGCACCCAAACGCCGCCGCCUCGCCCGCCUCCUGCAACCUCCAGGACUUCCCCGGCUUCGUCUACCCGCCCAAAGAAGGACACCCGCCGCCGUCGCCGCUUCCCCCCCCGCCGCCGCCGCCUCCUCCGCUUUAUCUCUUGGGCUCCGUCGGGGACUUUCAGCCCAGCUUCAAGAUCAAAGAGGAGAGCCUCGCGGCGGCCGUGGCCAAUAACGGCAGCGACGGCGGGGCGAAUUUGGGGCCCGGGACUUUGCAGGCUGCCCCGCUGCCCUGCCCGGACUACGCUCCGUCGAUCGCCGCCUCUUCGCUGCCCAAGAACAAUAGCAUGAGCAGCCUGGAAGCCGCCGCAGCCGCCGCUGCCCCGUCGUCCAGCCUGGAUUGCGUCCUCUACAAGGCGGAGGUGGGUUCCGGCGCCCUCUCGGGCUCCUACGGACUAGCGCCUUACAAAGCCUCCGCCGCCAGCGCCCUGGCGCCGAGGGAGACUCUCUCGUUGCCCUCCACCUCGGGCGCCCCGCCUCAAGGCCUCUACCAGCCUCUCGGCUUCCAGGGCCAGCAGCAAUUUUAUUCUCCUUACCUGGGCUAUAUCAGGUCUGAUGCCGAAGCUGGUCAGAGCCCUCAAUAUGGGUUUGAACCUUUGCCCCAGAAGAUCUGCCUUAUCUGUGGUGAUGAAGCUUCUGGGUGCCACUAUGGCGUCCUCACCUGUGGAAGCUGCAAAGUCUUCUUCAAAAGAGCAAUGGAAG